UUCAGUUGGAGAUUGGAGGCAAAGCUGAGGGUGGGGGUUUAUUUGUUGGGGAUGUCGUUCAUAGUAUUAAUAACGUUUUACUCAAUGGGAUGAGGGAUGAAGCAAUACAACUUGUGAAAGCUUCCCAACAAAACCUUGUGAUGGAGAUUGAAAGGGGUAUACCACCUGCUCACCCCUCGUACCCCCUACGUCAUGAAAGACACGGUUAUUACAUCACCAAACCUAGUUAUACGUAUCAAGAGGCACCCCGACGUACAAUCGAAAACGAAUACGAUUCGUCAAGAGACGAGCUCGUGACGUCACAAUCGUCACUUCACCGUUUUGAUGAUGAUUACACGACACCUGAUGUCGCUACAACCCAAGCUCCUUAUCCACCAAGUGGUAGGAACGAGCGACUAGAACAACCCAGCACUUCUGACGUCACACAAGGACCGCCAGUCAAACUACGAGCUCGAAAGGCUAGGGACAGAGGGGUUCCCACUGAACGACCGAGAUCGUGGCAUGCAUCAAAACAUCCCGAUGAUACAACAUAUAUGCAUGACGAUCGUAAGAACAUGAGAUCACCCGGCUACCCUGGUAGUCCCGCAUCACAACCAAGAUUCCACCUUCUAUCUCAACCACAACGGAGGUCUAAGGGCUGGUACGAGUCAGGAGAUUUGAAAUCAGCGAUUCGGGGCGAUGUGAACGGGUCAAAAGAUUCUCUCAUAUCAGAACACUCGCAACAUUCUUAUCGCAGCGGUCGGUUGAGCGUCUCAAGCUCCAGAAGUUCCGGCACAAUGUCUAGCUCGCGUGGAAGCUUAGAUAACUUGGAUAAACCGCAUCGAGCGGAUAUCGGCUCCAACCGAGCAACGAGUAAGCGAAAAUCUCCGUCAAAACCCGUCGCUGGUAUUGUGACACAGCAGAAAAACGUUUUCGAGAAACUUUCGCAUCAUCCUCCGUAUGAAGAAGGCGGUCGAGUUCCGGAUGCGGGAAGAAGUAGUCUCGCAAGGAAGUCACCGUUCCACGAUAAUGAGCCUCGUUAUAGCAGGGGUGAAAAAGGUGACGAAACUUUAACAUCGCCCCCUCAUGCUCGUAGCGGGGGUGAAGGGUUGGAAAUGGAGAAUUUACCGGAGUUUAAAUAUUGUGAUGCGAAAAUCGUGAAAACCAAUCAUACUCGUGAUGUACCUGACCCUCCUGCCCGUGAUAUAUCAAGCGUGCAAGCCAUGAAGAAUUAUCAUGCGAGAAGUCAUGUGAUGCAGGACGACCAACACACUUCCACCCACAAUUUACCAUCAAGUGAAAAAACGAGACAAGAGCGAGUGUUUGGUGUUAUGUCCGUUGGUAAUUCACGUAACGUGGUGACCACAAGCGUUACCGUGUCGCCUAACAGUGAAAAACACGACAUAGAACGAUCGCCAACGUAUCAACAUUUAAGAGACGCGACAAGUUAUUCGGAAAUUGCGACACCGGAUCAAAAAGUUCAAACAACAGGGGAGUAUGACAGGUCCCCAGAACACGCUCGUAGUGGUUCAAACGAACUAUCUGACCAGUCUGACCCUUUCAAGGGAAAGCACAAAUAUGGGGUGAUUUGGAAGACACCCCAAACGCAUCGUCGAACUAAAUCUUCCGAUUUUAGCAGUGUUUUACAAAACUGGUCAUCGCAAAACCAGCAGCCGAAGUUAUCAGUUAGCAAAUCUAAGGACGACAUUGUAAAUGUUGACCAAGCUGAAGACUGGAAUAAGAACGUCCACAAAGAACCUAAUGUUGCAACAAACGACAAUCUCCCUUCUAUUCUACGUUCCUUACAACAUUCCAGUGUUGGCCAGCGACAAUAUAAAGAACUUGAACCGAAAACGAGCGAGAAUUAUGAACUACUAUGGUUUUCUGAAAGUCCGAGGCCUUCUGUUGAACCAGCUGUCCAAAAUAAAGUGGAAUCUGGAAAGAGGGACAGCAGGAACUGGCCCACUGGUUACAAGGAGGUUGAUCUUGAUAAUCAAGACGACGCGUUUGGAGCCCCAGAUGAAACGUAUUGUAAUAAUAUUAAAGACAUGUCGCGCAAGGUGCUACGAGUGACUUCAUUCACACGGAAAGACUUGACAGCUUCCCCAUCUUACCAGUCAUUUGAAGAUAAACGAAAGCACUUUCUGUUCCCGACACAAAAACAAUCUCACCCAGCUGUAAUACAUUCCAGAUCCCGUUCCCAUGGCAACGAGAUUGAUGAAACCAGUCCGCAGAUCACAAGCAGAUGUGCCGACAAUAAAACGCCGAAUGAAACGAGGCCUCGUCCAAAAUCUGCGGGCGUUCGUGCUAAGCAUGCCCCCGCACACCGCACCACUCCACCCUGUCCUACUUAUUACAGUAGGAAGUCCGAAUCUUUGCCACGUAAUUUGUUGCCAAGUUACACAUCCGAUGAAUCAAGUUCACCAAAUAUGGUGCUUUCGCCACAAAAUCGGAGAAUUUCGAUCGACGUUAAACCUGAGUUGACACCGAUAAAUGCAGGGAAAGACAUUGAAAAGCGGAAAGCAGUUUUUGAAUAUAUUUCCAAAGCUAAACGUGGGGGCGAAAGCAACCAGCUUGGAGCAUCUUACGUUUCCUCAACGAGUCUUUUCACAUCACAUAGCGAUGAAACAGAUAAACAUCGGACCAGGGACAGCGUGGAUAUGAGUGAGAAUAGAAAACCGAGUAGCAGCCACCGUUCCACCCCCCAGCCAUAUAUGGAACACAUUGGUAGCGUGAGGAAGAAAAGUAACUUCAAGGAAACACGCGCAAAGUUUGACAGAAUCCCGAGAACAAAAUCGACUUCAUCUUUAUUGGAGGAGAUUGAUGAACCUCGUAAGAGGAGCCGAUCCUCCGUGAACAUCCAUGAACAACACGCCAACAUCCAUGACACAGAUGAUGCGUUGAACGCGACAGGUGCCCCAGUUAUAACAAGCGAACACAGCAAUAGUGAGGAGCUUCACAAACCAACCCCUGAGGAUGAGCGUCUACCUCUGAUGGAAAAGAUCAAAGCUCCUCCUCGAAGACAUCCAAGACAUAGAUAUUCUAACAGCAGCAGUGCAUCAUCGGCCACCACCAUCAGCACUUUAUCAUCUUUCUCUUCAACAUCGUCAACUUCUAUCGGGAAGAUGGCUGCGUUGGGGGAAGAACAUUUCCCACCACCACAUGAAGCAACGGGAACCGCUGCUUCUGUACUUUCCUCCGAUGUUUGCAACAAAUCAUCAGAUCCAAUAAUUACUUCCAAGCAGCCCGAUGUAAAAGUUACCGUGAUCGACACAAAAGUACUAAAUACUGAACCAACAGUCGCAGAAAAUGAGCCAAAAGUUCCAGAUAAUGAACCCAAGGUUGAACCCAAGGAGUCGGAAAACGAAGUAAUAGUUUUGGAAACAAUCCCAAAGCUUCCAAAAACCGAAACUGAACUUUUAAAGGACGAUUCAAAAACUGUUCCCGUACAAAAAAGCUCAAAAAAAUCUUCCCUGGCAAUUGACACCGGCACUUAUAGAGUCGUACGAGGAAAAAAGAAAACAAAAGAUGAGAAAAAGAUUCGCUCUUCUCUCGAACUGCAAAUUAAUUCUCCCGUAAAGUCCCCCGAAGAUGAUGAGAAAGUAGUCACAAAAGUCCGGUCUUCUUCAUCUAAUCGUAUCAUCACCCCAAGCCACAAGCUCCCCCCACCCCCACCCCCACCUCCUAAACAAGUGGAUGAAAAAACUGAAAAACUUAUUCGAAGAUUUUCCGAGCGCAGGAGAUCCCAGCACUUUCCCCCUCCCCCUCAUUUACCCGGCAAACCUCCAACAAAUGUCAUAGAAUUAUUGGAUGAAGAAUUGAAAGAAACCGCAACAACAGAUGCAACAGUGACGUCACAAACGCUACCUGUUGCCCAUAGCAACGGUAUUUCUACCCCACCAACCAUAGACACCUACAAUGAAGUUACAUACUUGUUAGACACUGAUUCCGACUCCAGUGCGACACCUAGCGAUAGGAAAACCGACGGAUAUGAAAACGUUCACGCCGUCGGGGAACGCAAGGAUUAUGAGAAUGUAUUUACAAUCGAAGCUCCACCGGAAGAUGGCGGUAAAGAGCAGGCUGAGAAGUCUCCGGUUAAGGUAACCCCCGAAGUCUCCCAAGAACCCUUGUUACCCGAUGUAACAUUAUUACCCGAAGCCCCCCCUGCUAUUAAUGACCAACAUUCCUAUUUAACAACGAAGAUAAUGAAUGGUGAUAAGAAGCUUGCACAGUUCCUAACAGCAAGCAACACAAAAUCCUUCAUAAAAGGAAUUCUUCCAACGAACGAAAUCGCUGACGAGGGAAUGAGAUACCGUAGAAGGAAAGCCCAACAAAGCUAUGUUCAAAUAACUGAUAGCAAGAAUAACGACACGCUGCCCGCAUCAUCUAAUUAUUACAAGACCUCAGCUUCAAAAGCAAAGAUCUUAAACUUAAUCAAAGAAAAGAUUGCGGACGGUGAGAUCUCAUCGGAGGAAGAUCAAGACAACGUGGAAGACAUCAACUCGAAGAAGAUGGAACUCGUGUUAAGCAUCAAGACAAAGCUGGAUGAACUUGACAGCAUGAAAGAUUUACUUCAAGUUGAAAUGCGCGAGAAUGAAAGCUUGGGAAGACAGGUCCUUAAGAGUGUACAAGAUGUUUGCACGGAUCGUGAAGAGGAAAAAUACAACAGCUUUGUUCAUGAUGUUGAUAUGAUCAUCAAUCUGCUUCUCUCACUGUCAGGGAGGAUGGCGCGCGUGGAGAACACGAUACAGAUGUUACAUCCGGACACUGAGGACCAAGAACGGGAACAGCUUGUUGAGAAACGACGCAAGUUAUCGGAUCAACACGAAGAAGCGAAGCAAUUGAAAGCAAACAUCGAUCGUCGGCAGAAAACUGUGUCGGAAAUUCUCGCUGGUUAUUUUAAUCAAGAACAGUUUGCAGAUUACGAACAUUACAUCAAGAUGAAGUCGGCACUUAUAAUGGAGCAAAGGGAACUUGAUGAUAAAGCGAAGUUAGGCGACGAACAGAUGCAUGAUUUGAUGGAGAGUUUGCCUGACGACUUGCAACAGAAACUACAAUCGCUUAUGAACGAAUGAGAAUUUGAACCGAGUUGAUUUCGGUUUUGGUCGCCAACUAUAUAGUGUUUAUUAAUGGGUUUAAAAUUCCUUGCUUUUUAAAAUCGUAUACUUUGAACAUACAUUGUAUAUCUGUUAUUGUUACUGGGCCUUUGAAUCUUAUGUUUUUUUUUGUUAAUUUUAAGUCAUUUUUAUUCUUUCUAUUCCUGUUUAACUGCCAGCCUUACACCGGUGGGAUGCUACACUUGUAUUCUGUUCCAUGCGGCCAAAGUAAUAAAAUAGCUUACUAGUUCAACAUGA